AAGUAUAUCACCCAAGGUUCAGAAGUCUCCAGAUUCAUAUAUCUGUGCGGUGUCCCUCUGCUGCGCUCGCCUCGAAACCUUCCCAUCCACAAACCAGCAGCUUCAUCUCAACUCAUCGUCAGCAACAUCAACCCUACACGUCGUCGCUGUCAUUGCGUUUCUUAUCCCCAGGAAAGAUGCAGAACUCUACCGCCGCCCAAUCCUAUCCUGAGUCUACCAGCUUCUUCGAUGAGGGCUUUGUGAUAACGGCCUGGGCUCUUGUCGCGAUCUUCAUCACCCUGUUACUAUUGCCUCUUAACGUCCCUACGUGGUGCUAUAUACGGAGUCUCCACAAAAGGAUAAAGAAGACCGGAAAAUGGGACGAUAUUAUCGUGGAGACGUUUGAAUCUUUCUGCUGCAUCGCUGUGUGCGUGCUAAUAUCUACGGCCUACAUCAUCGCAUUUGCGUUCAGAUGGGAUAAGGAUUAUUUUGCUUCGCCGCCUUCGAUGCUAGAGGUCCUUGGGCUAGCUUUUCAGAUGGUCAUUUCACUGAACAUCGCGUCGGCUAUUGUGUUUGGACUGUUUUGGGGGCUGAUAGGGUUGGCCGAGAGAUUUCAGGCAUCGCCGAAAAAGUAUGAGGAGGUUUAGGACAUAAGUUUACGUACACUUGGAUAGAACGGUCCGAGGUGCCUCGAUGCAUUUUCAAAAGCCCCAACUGAAUCCUUCGCACGACUUGUAAGCUCGCUAGGCCACCUCAGAUAUUGUCAGAUAU